AGCGGGCGAGAGAGAAUCCCAACGCGGGCUGCCUCAGACCCCUCUCGUCUCGUCCACCUCCUCCUGCUCCCUCCUUCCUUCCCUUUAUUUUCUUUCUUUCCUCUCCGGAAAUCUUCCCCGUCUUUUGAUUCAAACAACGCACCAACAAUCUCUCUCUGUCUGUCUCUCCCGCAUAAACAACGCCAAGAGCCGUCCCCGCCUCUCCCCCCUUGUCCCCUCGAUAAACCCCUCCUCCUCCGUCGGUCCAUGGCGUCGUCGGCGGGUGCUCCAGGCGCGGGGGCCGGCGGGGGCGGCAGGAGCAGGGACAUAAGGCUGACGGUGCAGGAGGCGGCCAAGAAGCUGUCCCUGUGGCACACGGCCACGUUCCGCCCCAUAACGACCCACGACGACCUGGAGCCCAUCCUCGCCGCUGCCGGCUUCGUGGCGCUGCCGCUGCCGCCCCCGCCGGAGCCACCCCAGGAUCAGCAGCAGGUUCGCUGGAGGGAGUACACCUUCCUGGGCUGCGGCGGCGGCGGCGGCGGCGGUAAUGCGGUGGUGGGUUGGCUGGGCCCGCGGCCGCGGCUGCCGUACCCGCGCGCGGACGCGCUGCACAUCCGCACGUACCAGGCCUUCCUCGGGGCCGUCGAGGUCUACCUCGGCGCCGCCCGUGUGCCCAACCUCUUCCACGUCAGAUGCAUGCCGGUGACGACGAAGCAGGACAGGGUGUUCGACAAGGUCUUUCGGGCUAUGAGGAACGACCAGGAUGGUAUCAUCGUCUACCGGGAUGGCACCCUUGACGAAGCCACCUUCGCCGCCGUCUGUAGUGAGCACACCCCCGUCGAGGAUGUCGGGUACCACGUCAUUCCUGGCAGUGUUUGCAGCGAGUUCGGCUACCUUCGGCAUAGCAAGAUCCAUGGUGGCAACUUCGACGAGGAGACCUGCAAGGGCUGCCCAGGCCACAAGGAUGUCGUCCGGCUCAAGGACCUCUCCCCCAGAUCCUGCAGAAACAUGUGGGUCUAGGCGAGAUUGGUCUCGAGGAUUUCCGUUAUUAUCGAUGGAGAUGAAGAUAUCCGUUCUGAAAAGUAGAUGGGGAGAAGUAGCCAGCUAGUGGCUUGUUAGCGAGGCUUGAGACCUGUGGAUUAUAUAUGGUGGUGGCUGUUGUGUUGUGCCUAUUGAUUCGUUUUUCUCCAUGUUUUGUGUGAUCUGCUGUAUGCCUGCAUCAUAAGGCAAUAAGUUUUUUCAGCACAAUAAGGUUUAUAGAAAUGUCUGUAGCUGGAUUUGUGAUCAGGAAGAAAAUAAGAAAAAACCUAGUGGUUUAGACAUUUACAGUUAUAUGCUAUCUAUCAAAUUCUUCUGUGUU